CUUUUAUUUCACUUGACAAGUUUUAUUUCUUAAUUCAUUGAAACUUGUUGUUGUUUGAUUAUCUUGCAAUUUUGAAAACAAAAUGAAAGUGGCGGCAGCAAAAUAAACAAACACAGUGGAAGCUCUUCCUCCGAUUUGGGAACUAACCAAACAGAUCAGCUUCUAGGGUUUCAGGUUCCGUGAAAUUCUUCUUCUUCUUCUCUUUUCUCUUUGCAGAAAUGGAUAACAGUAGCUCGGAGCAGACGGUGCAAGAUGGCAAACUCUACAGACACCUCAAUUCUCUCAUCGUCGCUCAUCUUCGCGACAACAAUCUCACUCAGGCUGCAAGUGCUGUUGCUUCAGCAACAUUGACUCCACUGAAUGUAGAAGCUCCACCUAACAAGCUUCUCGACCUGGUUGCUAAGGGCCUUGCAGUGGAAAAAGAUGGCACCACAAGAGGCACUUCCGCUUCACCCUUUCGCGAUUUCGCCGCGCCACUGCCCCUGCCUCACACUGCAGCCGUUGAUUUCAGCUCUGCAGCUGAUAUGAAAGGUUCCUCAAAGAGCUUCCCAAAGCAUGAAACGCGACACCUUUCGGAACACAAGAAUAUUGCCAGAUGUGCUAGGUUUAGUGCUGAUGGAAGGUUUGUUGCCACUGGAAGUGCUGAUACAUCAAUAAAGCUAUUUGAGGUUUCAAAGAUCAAGCAGAUGUUGCUAUCAGAUGCAAAGGAUGGUCCUGUGCGGCCUGUCAUACGAACAUAUUAUGAUCAUAUACAACCAAUAAAUGAUCUGGAUUUUCAUCCACAAGGUACUAUCUUGAUUUCUGGAGCCAAAGAUCAAACAAUAAAGUUUUUUGAUAUUUCGAAAACAAAUGCAAAGAGAGCGUACAGGGUGAUCCAGGACACACACAAUGUUCGUUCUGUAUCUUUUCAUCCCUCUGGGGACUUUCUGUUGGCAGGGACUGAUCAUGCAAUUCCCCAUUUGUAUGAUAUAAAUACCUUUCAGUGUUAUCUGUCGGCAAAUAUCCCAGAGACUAACCCAAAUGGAGCCAUAAAUCAGGUCAGAUAUUCUUGUACAGGUGCCAUGUAUGUUACAGCAUCUAAAGAUGGUGCUAUUCGAUUGUGGGAUGGCAUCACUGCCUCUUGUGUGCGCUCAAUAACUGGAGCACAUGGAACAGCUGAGGCUACCAGUGCAAAUUUUACUAAAGAUCAAAGGUUUGUUCUGUCCUGUGGAAAGGAUUCUACCAUAAAGCUUUGGGAAGUUGGCUCUGGAAGAUUAGUCAAACAAUAUCUUGGGGCCAUGCAUACCCAGCUAAGGUGCCAGGCUAUUUUUAAUGAGACAGAAGAAUUCAUUCUAUCCAUAGAUGAGCUGAACAAUGAGAUCGUUAUCUGGGAUGCGAUGACAACAGAAAAAGUAGCAAAGUGGCCAUCUAAUCAUGUUGGUGCACCCCGCUGGCUUGAACACUCGCCAAUAGAGUCUGCUUUCAUUUCCUGUGGAACUGAUAGGUCAGUUAGGUUCUGGAAGGAAACUGUAUAAUAAAGUGGAAGGAGGUUGAAUGCAUAUGACGGCACUGGUUAAGGGUAUCACUGAUUGAAAAUAAGCUCAGGAAAUUUCACUUUAUUUUUGUUUAAUUUCCGGCAGUAGGCUUACCCUUUAGAAGUGGUUAAUGCAUGCAUUCAACGCUUGAAAUUGUAAGAUUAUUUAUCUCUGGUGAUGUGAUGUGCUCAAUUUUUCAAGCAAUUAUUUCUGUUUCAAAUACCAUA